AUGGCUUCUUCUCACUCGGCUGUGUUGAUGCUUUUCGUUGCACUGUUUCUGAGUUCCGCUGUUGCUCGAUCACCACCAUCAUCCCCCCAGUCUUCUCCGUUUCCAUCACCUGCUAUUUCUCCCUCCGCUGACUCACCAGUGGCGUCUUCUCCGGUACCUCUGAAUAGUGCUCCCUCUCCUUCACCGUCUGCUUUCUCUGGUUCUCCUGCUGUCGCUCCAUCCUGGAUCUCUACCCCUCCAUCUCAAGGACCAUCGCCUACUAUUUCUCCUCCUGCUGCUGCUCCUGCUGUGACUCCAUGGUCGAUCUCUACUCCUCCAUCUCAAGGACCAUCGCCUGCGAUUUCUCCCAUACCUGUGAAGAGCAGUCCUUCUCCUUCACCGUCUGCCAUCAACUCUCCAUCAUCUCCUCCUCAAGCUUUCCCCGCAGCCACUCCUGCAAUUACUCCAUCGGCGAUCUCUACCCCUCCAUCUAAAGCACCAUCAACGUCCACAAACGCCGCCGCCGCGUUGAACAGAUUUACAGUUGCCGGAUCUACUGCUGUCGUGGUUUUUGUUGCUGCUUUGAUGAUGUAG